CGGGGAACCUGGAAACGAAUACGUACCUGGUUGACAGCUGAGAUAGCAUCACCUUGGAACUUGGCCUACUGUAGCCGCGUAACACACACAAAGUCGACGGAUUUUCCUUUCGGCCGCGUCCAACACAACCAGUUACUUCGCCGCCUACGACUCGAUCUUCCCUCUAUACCCGAUCAAAUACCCUUCAUCUCCCCACGCGGAACUUACGUCGCCGACAUCGCCGCAUAGCUCGUCCUCUCCAAUUCCAUAAACACCAUCGCCCAAGAUGCCGACCGCCGGCCUCAAGACUAUCAUCGCCCUCUCCUUCGUCCUCGCCGUCGGAUUCCUCCUCGUUAUUCUCUCCUGCGCUCUGUGGAAGGUGUAUUAUCCUCUCCUCGUCGUCGCCACCUAUGUCAUUGCGCCUAUUCCCAACUGGAUCUGCGGACACUGCGCCAACCCGGAUGACUUCGUCGAGAGCUCUGGCGCUGCGGUUCUAGACUUGGGACGCUUCUUUACAGGUUUCUUUGUUGUUAUGGGAAUUGCUCUCCCUGUCGUCCUUGCUCACUCUGGUCUCAUCGAGGUGCAAGCCAUGGUCAUGUCCAUAAUCGGCGGUCUAUUGAUCUACGGAACCAUUGUCAGCUUCGGCAUGUUUUUCCACGAGGAACAAGAUUUCUGAAUGCGCGCGCAAUACGGAGUCGCAUAAACCAGAAACACGCGGAGUUACUGAAACAAAGACGGAUACAGAAUGUUGCGUUUCAGGAAGAGGAGGAUAAUCGCUAGUAUAAAGCCUGUAUAACGCGUGUAUGAUCACAGAGGACAAAGGAGUCACAUGGGCAUUCAGCGGGGUCUUAACGUCAGUCUCGGCUAUUCGCAAGGAAUACUUAGGCUUCAGGACGGCAAAGGGAGGUUAUAGUCGGUCGUCAAAGGUAUCCUUGUUUAUGAGGAAUAUAUCGUAUCAUCUUCUGCUAU